GAGCGCUUCGGCAGCGGCGUGGGCUUCGCGCUGUGGAACCCGCUGGGGCUCCGCCUCGCGGACGCGCUGCACAGCGGCUGGCCCCUCUUCGCCCUGCUGCGGGCGCUGCGGCCCCGCCUCCGCCGCGCCUGGGAGCGGCGCGUGGGCCCGCGGGCCGCGGAGGUCGCGCGGCGCCUGGCGCACUGCGCCCUCGCGGCGCCGCAGGGCGGCUGGGAGCUCCGGGCGAGGCAGGUCUGCGACGCGCUGGCGGCGGCGGGCGCGCCCGCGGGCGGGGCCUGCCCCCUGCUGCCGGCGCAGCGGGAGCUGAUGGUCGCGCGCGCCACGCUGCGCCGCCUGCCGGCACGCGGCGUGCCCGCCGAGGGCCUGGCGCAGGUGGAGGCGGCGGUCGACCGCGCUGAUCGCCACCUGCGGAGCAUGCUCGUCUGGAUCCAGCCCCGGGGAGGCUUCGCGGCGCCCGCCGCGAGGAUCCUCAUGCUGUUCCUGGUGGCGGCGGACGUCGUACUGCCACACCUGGUGGCCUUACAGCGGCGCCUGCACGGGGCGCUGGAUCUGCGUUACCCCUCCCCCUCGCCACGCUCCUCGCCCGCUUCUCCCGUUUCGCCCUCGUCCUCCGCGUCUACCCAUGGGGCAGCAUGGAGCGGACCGAGGCCUUCACCGACGGCGGAGGCGGGGCGGGGCAUGGCCUCGAGGCAAGGCGGGGGGGCCAGCCUUUACCAUGGGGCCAGUCUCCUCCAGCCCCUCCCGCUCAGGCGCGCCCCCACGUGGGGCUGGCGAUCCUGCGCACCUGAUAUCGAACUUUCAUCGGGCAGCGGGCCCCGCAGUUUUCUUGUCCCCGUCCAUGUUUGCCCCAUGUGUUUGUUGCUCUCGCUGACUCUUCUUGCUGCAAUGUGCGAACAUGCAGAAGGACGGACGCUCGGGAGGGUGACAUAUGUACAUUGGAUCUGCAUGUCGGCGUCGGACGAGGGUCGGCUGAACGACAUCUCGGACCCAGUUUCACAAUAUCGACAUAGUGGCCCUGACGGGGGCGGGUGA